AUGAGGGACUGUUCUGAGAGCGACUCGAGUUCGAGUGACUGCUACGUGCCAGUUGGCCUCUCGAAGCAGAGAUUGGAUAGAUUUGCAAGCACGAAGCCACAGACAGUGAAUGUGCUGGUGAAGAAGGUGGCUGAAGAUGGAUUUGGUCAGCCACCAGUUCUGAGAUACGAGCAUCUUCUGGCACGAGCAGAGGAGCAUUUGAGAACGAAUUCAAAGACAGCCAGAAAGAACAUACGACUUGUAGUCACAAGACGAAAUAAGAAGACACAGGUGAAUGUGUGUGAGGUGGCAUUGCAGCUAAACAGGCAGCCUGAACACCUCUCAAAGUACAUUUUAAAGGGGCUGUUUACAGAAGGAACAAUAAACAACAAUGGGGUACUGAACAUAGACGGCAGAUUCAUCCAGAGCGAAAUAGAGAACCUGAUCAACGCCUUCAUAAACGAGUAUGUGAAUUGCAAGUCAUGUGAGUCGAUAGAUAACACCGUGAUAAUAAAAAGCAACAGGCUCUUUUUUGUAAAAUGCAACAAGUGCAAUUCAGAGAGAUGUGUUGGAAAUGCAAUAGACGGAUUCCACUUCAGCAAGCGAAGUGAUAUUGAAAAACCAAUUUAG